AUGGACAAGCUAAUUUCAAUGAUCAAUCGUUUACAAGAAGUUUUGAACACCGUCGAAUUUGAUACCUUACAUUUACCUCAAAUUGUUGUUGUAGGAUCGCAGAGUUCCGGUAAAAGCUCUAUUAUAGAAAGUAUUGUUGGUAGAUCGUUUUUACCUAAAGGCAUUGGAACCGUAACAAGACGGCCUUUAGUUCUUCAGCUAGUUAACUGCCCUCUUAACGAUAAUUUAAGCAGAAAAGCCAAAAGCGGUAUGAUGAACUUGAAAGAAUGGGGUGAGUUUUCACAUUGUGAAAAAGUUUUCACAGAUUUUAAUGAAAUACGCGAAGAAAUCCAAGUCGAAACUAAUAAAAUCAUCGGUAGGUCUGGAAUAUGCCCAGAUCCUAUUUAUUUGAAGCUAUAUUCUACCUAUAUGUUAAAUUUUUCACUUGUGGACUUGCCCGGAAUGACUAAACUUCCUAUAGGUGAUCAACCAGAAGAUAUUGAAAUGCAAAUAAAAAAUUUAAUUAUACAGUAUAUCAAAAAUCCAAACUCAAUAAUUCUAGCAAUUAGUUCCGCUAAUAUGGAUUUAUCAACAAGUGAAAGUUUGAAAUUGUCGAGAGAAGUAGAUCCUGAAGGAAAGAGAACAUUAGCCGUGAUCACAAAACUCGAUCUGAUGGAUGCUGGUACUGACGCUGUUGAUGUACUAAGCGGCCACGUGAUUCCUGUUAAACUUGGCAUAAUCGGUGUUAUAAAUCGAUCGCAACAAGAAACAAAUGAUAAUAAAUCUCUUGUCGAUGCUUUGAAAGAUGAAUCUGUUUUUUUGCAAAGAAAAUAUUCUUUAUUGGCCAAUCGAAAUGGUACUCCACAUCUGGCAAAAACAAUUAAUAGAAUCUUGAUAGACCAAAUUAGAAAUUAUUCGCCAGAAUUAAAAACCAAAAUAAAUAUUAAGAUUUCAGAGUUAAAAUCGGUUUUGAAUUCAUUUGACAACGACUUAUCACUUAAAAUCCAAACAAAAUUGCGUACUACCAUAAACUUUGUCAAUACGUAUUGUUCAACGAUAGACGGUGCAUCCGAAAAUAUCGAAACGUCUGAAGUGUGUGGUGGAGCUCGAAUAUAUUAUAUAUUCAACGAUAUAUUUGGAAAAGUAUUAGAUUCCAUUCACCCGUUCACGGGUUUAUCCAAAAUGCACGUGAUAACCGCUAUACGCAAUGUAACGGGGACAAAAUCGGAAUUAUUCGUUCCUGAAACGGCUUUUGAAAUACUAGUGAAGAGGCAAAUUGGUCGAUUUGAACAACCUUCUUUGCGAUGCGUAGAGCUUGUACAUGAGGAAAUGCUGCGUAUGAUCCACUGCUGUAUUCAAAAUUCCCAACAGGAAUUUAACAGAUUCCCGAAACUCCGCGAAAUGAUUUUGGACGUUGUCACAAAAAUGUUACGUAACUGUUUGUCAACGACAAAUAAAAUGAUUGAAAAUAUGGUAGCUAUUGAAACAGCGUAUAUCAAUACCAAGCACCCAGAUUUUAAUUGGUGUACAGAAUUUGUAUCGUUAAUGGCGAAGAACGCUGAAGAAAAUGAAUUUUCGAUAAAAUGCAAUAAUGUAAAAAAUACAACCAACGGGUGUAGUAAUACAGGUUCGAUGGAGAAAAAUCCGAUUAUGCAACAUCAAGCAGACCAAAACAAUGAAACCAAGUGCGCCACCGAGUAUUCGCCGGCCGCUAAACCAGUGCAACAAGUGAAAAACAAUAUAUUAGCAUUGGACGAAAUGGCCAAUUGUUUCAACAACAGUAUGAAUUUACACGGUUCACCGAAUAGAAAUUUAACCGAGAAAGAACAACGAAAUUGUAACAUGAUUGAAGCAUUAAUCAAAUCGUAUUUCUACAUCAUCAGAAAAUCUAUUCAAGAUAGCGUUCCAAAGAUAAUUAUGCAUUUUUUAGUCAAUUUCAUGAAGACCAACUUGCAAUCCGAACUUAUCACACAUUUAUAUCAAUAUGAACGAGCUUUAUUCGAGGAAUCUGAACAUAGAUCCAAGUGUAGAAAAGACACCGUAAACAUGCUCGAGGCUUUGCGGAAUGCCAGCCAGAUUAUUAGUGAUAUCCAAGAGGUGCAUUACACGUUUGGUGAUGAUGACGAUCGAUUAUAUAAUAUUAAAACAGUAUAA